AACGGUUUCAUCAGCGAAAUAUACUAAUUAAUUGGAGCCCUUUCAAAAUGGUUCAUCAUGCGGAGGCAUCAACAUUCGAGCAAGGCCUGUCGAAGGCACAAGCCUAUGCGCGAGUGUUAGAGGAGGCGGAAGCUUUGUUUGCUGGGCAAAGAAAUUGGGUCAGUAAUCUCUCGAACGCAUCCUCACUGUUGCAUCACGCCCUAAAGUCUGUUGAUGGACCUGUCUCUGCCAUCAACUGGUGUGGUUUCUAUUUUAUCAAUCCACUCAAUCACCAGGAGCUGAUUCUGGGUCCGUUCCAUGGCCAUGUUGCUUGUCAAAGCAUCAAGGUCGGGCAAGGUGUCUGUGGCGCUGCCGCUGCCACUAUGAUGACGGAAGUGGUUCCCAAUGUGGAUGAAUUCCCUGGUCAUAUCGCGUGCGAUUCUAACAGUAAGAGCGAGAUCGUGGUUCCCAUCAUUCAGAACUCAAAGGUUGUUGCGAUCAUCGAUAUUGAUUGCAGUGAGUUGAACGGGUUCAACUCUGAAGAUGCACAGCUUUUGGAGAAGCUCGCUAAUCUAAUCGCCGAAACUUGCGAUUUUUGAAUUGCGUAGUCCCACCCUUUACAGGACUAUUUACAACUACAUAGGAUGCCUCAAACCAUAGCAUAUCCCUCACUCAUCCCUUCUUGUUACUAUGCAAGAUGCAGUUCACUGGAACUUUGCACAAUGGGUAUAGUUUGAGCCAUCCUCUUUCUCUUAGUCCACAUAGGGGUACACAGCAAUUGAGCCCUUCGUUACGAUUUUGGGUGGCACACCUAUUCCUGACCCAACUACAUUCAUUUGAUGAAAUUUAGAAAAUAUGUCAUUCCUAUCCUACCUCAUUAUGGCUUGGACUUCCAAAUAGCUUGAUUGUAGUUAAGUCAACCCCCUACUCAGAAACCACAUCCAGAUGAUAGUAGUGC